GCGCCGCGCGGGCGAAGGAGAUAUGUCCGGGGUGCACCGAUGUGCAGCCCAACGAUGAGUUCACGUGCGAGCAGCAGGCUGCCUUCGGCAAAUGCUCUUCGGAGUGGAUGAUCGACGGCGGCUUGUGCCAGUUCUCUUGCGGUCGCUGUGGCUGCCCGGAGAAGGUGAAGGACGAGGGAAAAGGAGGUAGUGCCAUUGUGAGCAGCGGCAGGGAGGGGGAGGAAUCUGUUCUUAUUCCAGCUCCCGGGGUGGUGGCAGACCCAGCUCCUGGCAACCGACCCGCCCCGUCCGAAAAGGGGGCACCAAGGAGCAAGGCGCCAAGGAAGGCUGCUGCCAGCAACGCUGCUGCUACGGACACUGCUGCCAAUGGAGAUGCUGCCAAUGGCACUUCCAUCAAUGAGCUCGCCGCUGGAAAGGAUCUGGUCCCCAUUGGCGAGUUUGGGGAGAAGCCCGGUCAGUGCAACGGGACCGUUCUCAAGGCCGUGCAGGCGUCGGAAAGUUUGAGUACAUUGGCUGCGGCAAUCGCCGCCGCCGGGGUCGGCCCCUACUUGGAGGACAAGCCGCUCAACGUCACUUUUUUUGCUCCCACUGACCAGGCAUUCGAAAGAUUGCUGGAGGAGUUCGACCUAUCCUUGGAAGAUCUGUUCGAGACGUACAGAGAAGAGCUGGGGGUUGCGCUUCGCUACCACAUUGUGGAGAAGUCGCUGAACAGGAGCCAGAUUGAGGAACUUCCCCAGGAACAAUCGCUGCCCACCUUGGCGGAUGUGCCAUUGUUUAUUGGCAGCAAGGCUGCACAGAACAUUGAAGUCGACGGAUUCGGCUCGAGCGCAACAACCCUGGGCGAUCCAGUUCUCAUCUGCGGCUCCAUGGUGUACCUCGUGGACGGCGUGCUGCUCCCCGCCGCAGAUUUGGGGGACAUCGUGGAGGAAAGCGAAAGGGACCCGGAAGCGAGUGAUCCUGCAGACGCGGCGUGCGAUCCCGAUGCCGCGCCGCAAACGGCCAUAGAUGCAGAUCGGGACCUGUCGAGGUUUUCAGAGAUACUGGAGGAUGCGGAUUGGACAAUCAAGUUAGCCAACACGACUGCAAAUUAUACUGUUUUCGCGCCAACCAACAGGGCCAUCAGGUCUUAUGAGGCCGCCCUGGGUGCUGAGCUUCCAGAAGACAGGGACACGCUGCUCAACUUGGUCCUCUCCCACGUCGCAGAAGGCGGCCUGACAGAAUCGGAGCUACGGAACCAAACGAGCAUUGCCUCAAUCAAUGGAAACGAUAUAAAUGUUGUAGCUUCUGGCCUUGAAAUUGAGCUUACGUCGAACGGGAGCAUCGCGAUCGUUCUCCAAGUGGACAUGGACGAGUCAUGUGCCUCGGCGGUUCACAAGAUCGACGGAAUCCUGCUGCCUUUUGAACGGCCUGCAAAUGCAAGCAUCACUUCCACGAGCUCUCGAAAUCGAGUACCCACCCCUCAGGCAUCAGCAAACGGAGGGGCGUGCGACACGAACUUGUGGCAAUUCAUCAACAACUCCCCGGACCUGAGGCUCAUUUCUCAGAUGCUGGCGUUCUCCGGUCUGGUCACGCCCCUUCAGGACCCAAGCCUGAGCAUCACGGUAUUCGCCCCAGCCGACCAUGCAUGGUACUCGCUGAUCCCCGAGGGGCUGGCCUUCACUGACUUGAUACCCAACGUCCGAGUGGCGGAUGUCAUGCUGAGCUACCACAUAGUCGGUGCGCCCGUGACUUCAAAUCUGUUUGAGAACGGUCUGGAACUGCCCACGCUCCUGCACAACGACAGCAGAAAGAAUGAGGCGCUCACCCUCUCCCUGGCGAGGUCGCCGAGCGCCCCCGGCGGCUACACACUCGUCGGCGAGACCGGCAGAGCCCAGUUCGAGCAGCGGGACGUCGUCGUCUGCGGUUCCGUGGUGCACGUCCUGGACGCUGUGCUGCUGCCCGACGCCGGCCUGCUCCUCGGGGAGGGCGGCACCAAGGCGGACGUGAGGGACGCCGCGGCGGGCCUCGAUCCCAAGAUCAAAGCCGGCCAGGAGGACGCCCCCAAGGCCCCGAGUAAGAGGAGGAGCGCCCGUGGUUGA